GUGAUUAAACACUAUAGCCCAAAAUGGAGUGGUAUGAAAUGGAAAAUGUUUUCAAUGUUCUCUAAAUACAUUGGCACAUGGCUUCCGCCUCUGUAAUUUGCGCAAAAUCUCCAGGUCACCUAAAACCAGAAUCCUACCGCCGUUCAUAACUCAUCGGAGACGGCAUUGAAUUUCAUCGGAAUCCCUCCCUGAAUGGAAGCAAUCAAAAGGCAAGCCUCGUGGCUCAGGGAACAGGUUGUUCGUCAGCAGCAAGCUGUACUCAAGCAGUUUGGAGGUGGGGGGUAUGGUGGCUCAGAUUAUAUUGUUACUGAUGAAGCCGAACUCUUCCAGUAUCAGAAACUGGAGUUGCUUUAUUUAUCUACCAGAGCUGCCAAGCAUUUACAAAGGGACAUUGUUCGUGGAGUUGAAGGCUACAUUUUUACUGGGUCCAAACUGGUUGAGAUAGGAACUAAACUAUCAGAAGAUUGCAAGAAAUAUGGGUCUGGAAACACAUAUACCACUGCUACUACAUUAUCACGAGUUGCAUUAUGUUUCUCACAAGCUCUUGCUUAUAUGGAGAAGGAACGUGGGAAUCUCCUUAGAUCCCUUGGAACAAAGGUUGCAGAUCCGUUAAGAGCUAUGGUAAUGGGGGCUCCAUUGGAAGACGCACGAAAUCUAGCUCACAAAUAUGAUCGAAUGCGCCAAGAGACAGAAGCACAGAUCCUUGAAAUAUCCAAACGACAAGCAAAACUUAGGGAGACAACAGGCAAUCAUGACAUGGAGAUGAAGCUGGAAGCAGCAGAAUCAAAAUUACAAGAUCUGAAGUCCAAUAUGACUAUUCUGGGGAAGGAAGCUGCUUCUGCUCUGGCUGCUGUUGAAGCACAACAACAGAAGUUGACACUGCAGCGGCUAAUUGCCAUGGUUGAAUCUGAACGUGCUUACCAUCUUAAAGUUCUUCAGAUACUUGAACAUUUAGAAGGGGAGAUGAAAUUGGAGCAUGAAAGGGUGGGAGAUUCUUCUAAAGUAGAUAAUAUUCCUCCGCCUCCGUCAUAUGAAGAAGCAAACAGUGUGUCGACUUCUCCUAUGCAAAAUGGUUCGACUGAUAGCAUGGGCUACUUUCUUGGGGAAGUGGUAUAUCCACAUCAUGCCGAAUCUGAUGUGGAGCUUAAUUUAUCAGUUGGAGAUUGUGUUGUUAUUCGAAAGGUUUCAAGCAAUGGUUGGGCAGAAGGUGAAUGCAAGGGUAAAGCAGGAUGGUUCCCCUUCAGUUAUAUAGAGAGAAGAGAAAGAGUUCUUGCUAGCAAGGUUAUUCCACCCCUCUAAGCCAAUCCUCCCUCUUUCAGUCUUUCCCCCAAUUUUGCCCCUCUUUGCAUUUUCUUGUGCAUUUACUACUUGUUUCUUGAGUGUUUUGUAAUGCAAGCGUGAAAAUGUGCGAAAAGAUGUGAUUUUUUUAAAAUAUAGGUAGAUUAGAUUG